UAAAAUUGCUUAAACCAGGCACCAUGUCCAGAUUUGAACCUAAAAAGCAGUCCAUGUGUACGACCGGUCCUUUAAGUAGCAAAUCAAUCCAGGAACCCCUUUGUGUUUUACAUGAGAUUGUACGUUCAUGCUAUGGCCCAUCUGGUAGACUAAAACAGGUUCACAAUGGUACCGGAGGGUGUGUGGUGACAACAUCUCAGUCCUUCACCUUACUUGCUAGUAUUUCUCUGCGCCAUCCGGUCUUGAAGCUGUUAGUAGCUUCUGUUCGCAACCAUAUAUCCUGUUUUAGCGACUGUGGCCUUUUUGCAGCAAACCUUUGUUGCAGUCUUACUGCCAGGUUCUUGGACUUAAAUAUCUCCCCUCACACCAUAGUUGCAAUAACCAGAAGUCUCUUGGCCACUUGUAUUGAUUAUGUGAACUCUGAACAUUGUGGGUGCAAAAUGGCUGCAGACUUUAGUAGCAGUACGUUCCUGCUUCGCUUAACUGGUUCUGUGCUUUCUAGCAAGCCGGCGUGCAUGCUUACUUACCGGGAAGCCGACUUUAUCAGCACAUUGCUAGUAAAGGCUUUCCUUUUAGCAAUUCCAAAUGAGACGGGAUCCAGCGUUAAGCUGGGCAACUGUGUUUUUGUCCCUGUAGAAGGUCUAAGUGUUACUGAGUCUUCUAUAGUGCCCGGACUUCUUAUCAAAAUCCAUGAGUUAAGUUGGAAUAGAUCUGUAGACUUCAAUGGAUCACCCAUUAAAUUGGCCUUGUUUUCAGUCUCCUUAUCUGGAGAUUUUUGUGAUACCGGUGAAGGAACGGUGGAGUUGCUGAGUGGUGUCAAUGCAGAACGCGCUAUGCUGGAUCAACUAUUCAUGUUGGCUAAACAGUUGGUGGAAGACCACGUAAACUGCGUUGUGUGUCAAAAAGUGAUUCAUCCGUCCGUCAAGCAGUACCUUAAGGAAAAGAAUGUCCUUGUUGUGGACAGAUUGGGAGCCGCUCCAAUGGACACUUUAAGCCAAAUGUCAGGAGCAAAGCCCAUAGCUUCUCUAAGUGUGGUUUCUUCGACUUGUUGUGGCCGCCUCCGGGAAUUACGCAGACUGUCCUAUGGAUCCCAUCACUAUUUACAUUUUAUUCCUUUUGACACCUCCGUGAGCAGCUUUGUGCUUUGCAAUCGAAAUGAAACUUCAUUAAAAGAGCUUAUGACUACCUGUCAGGCUGCACAGCACAUCUUACUGCUUACUCUUAAAAAGCCUUGGGUAUUACUUGGUGGUGGCUGCACUGAAACACAUUUGGCUGCAUUCAUCAGGUAUAAGAGUGCCAACAUCCAGAGCAGUUGUCUGAAAGAACUGAACUGUUCAGCAUCGGAAUACCAGCUGGUGUCCAAAUGUUUUUGUGCUUCAUUAGAAUCUGUAGCCCGAAGUUUGGAACACGAUGGUGGAGAAAUGAUGAUUGAUUUGCAAGAUGCCCAUUUAUGGUCUGUUCCUCCCAGUGGUAGUUCAGAAAUUGACCAUCACUGUGGCUGUGGUAUACACCGGUCAAGAGACAGUUUGAAGUGGAACGUGGUGGGAAGCCAGUAUGAGCCGUUUAAUCCACAGACCAGUCAAAACAUAUUGCCUACUGCAGCAGACCAGCUGAUUUUGGACUGUUUCUCUGCAAAAUGUAACGGAUUGCAGGUAGCUGUUGACACAGCUGCUCUGAUUCUGGAUCUGUCCUACAUUGUAGAAGAUCAAAAUUGAUUUAAAAUACACAUUUUGUCUCUCCUUA